CCACGGGAGGGUAGGAAGCCAUGGCAAUGAAAUAGACACCCUCUUCAUCAUCCUCCUCACAGUGGCAGCUUCCCCUUUUAUAAACAUAUAUAACAUCAAAAACAUUUUUCCUAUUGCAAAUAUAUUCUUGUUUCUUGUUGCUCUGAAUCACUCUCUUCUUUGGUUGUCUGUCGGUUCUCAGACACAGCCGCAGAGGUACGGUCGAUUCGACCGAGGAAGGGGAGCCCCAACCCAACAGGGGAAUGGAGUGUUCGACGUGAUUGAUCCGUUCCUUGCCCCUCCAGUUUAACCCCACAUUUUAAUUCAUCGGUAACCCCAAAAUCUCAAUCGAGAUUCCCUCCCUCCCUCCCUCCCUCCUCCACUACCAGCUCCCCUUUCAUUUAUUAAUCUCCCACCGUCCCAAUACAUACAGUCCCAGAGAAGUCCGAAAUCUCUCUCUUUCCCCGGUUCUUGCUCCCUCUGCCCGGUUCGGAUCUGCUGGAAAGGUCCCUCCUUGGGUGGUCCCCUGCCGGAGAUUCGCCGUCAGUCUUGGUGGGCAGCGGCGGAAUUGGGCUCUCUCGAGGCCCGUCAAGAAGAUAUCCCCCUUUGAGUUCCAACUAAUCGACGAGAUAUAUCCAAUAUAUCGGUAUUCAUAUAGCUGCUGCUGGGAAUUUUGUGUCUCGUGUUUUGGUGUCCAUCCUGGGAGAUGUUAUCAGGGUGAGGAGUAACACAGAGUGAAGUUUCCUUUGCUGGAGAAGACAAGAGGACGGGCAAAAUGAUCAACAAAAACCUCCUGUUGACUUAUUUGUACCUUUUAAUCUACAUUCUACUGUCCUCGGGAGUGAUUUUGUAUAACAAGUGGGUGCUGUCUCCAAAAUACUUCAAUUUCCCACUUCCAAUCACACUGACCAUGAUUCAUAUGGGAUUCUCUGGGGCAGUAGCUUUUCUUCUUGUUCGUGUUUUCAAGGUGGCCUCUCCUGUCAAAAUGACAUUUGAAAUAUAUGCAACUUGUGUCAUCCCCAUUAGUGCAUUUUUUGCUUCGAGUCUUUGGUUCGGUAACACUGCCUACUUGCACAUCUCAGUCGCCUUCAUUCAGAUGCUAAAAGCCCUAAUGCCCGUGGCGACAUUUCUCAUGGCUGUUCUGUGCGGGACCGAUAAGUUGAGGUGUGACGUAUUCUUGAACAUGGUGCUGGUCAGUGUUGGAGUCGUGAUUUCAUCGUAUGGAGAAAUUCACUUCAACAUAAUCGGAACAGUUUAUCAGGUCACUGGAAUCUUCGCUGAAGCCCUCAGGCUGGUCCUGACCCAAGUACUACUACAGAAGAAGGGCUUGACUCUAAAUCCCAUCACCAGUCUAUACUACAUAGCUCCGUGCAGUUUUGUGUUCCUGUUUGUUCCUUGGUACUUGCUCGAGAAGCCCGAGAUGGAAGUCUCACAGAUCCAGUUCAACUUCUGGAUCUUCUUCUCGAAUGCUCUCUGUGCUCUGGCCCUGAACUUCUCGAUCUUCUUGGUCAUUGGUCGGACCGGUGCAGUCACUAUCCGUGUUGCUGGGGUUUUGAAAGAUUGGAUACUGAUAGCCCUCUCAACUGUUAUAUUUCCUGAGUCGACAAUUACUGGGCUCAAUAUAGUCGGCUAUGCCAUUGCUCUUUGUGGUGUCGUUAUGUACAAUUACAUAAAGGUUCGGGAUGUACGAGCUUCUCAAGUGCCCACUGAUGGUCUUCCUGAAAGAAUGUCGAAGGUCGAUUCUUCUCUAUAUCAAUUGGGACUGGAAGUUUGAGAAGAAAUCCUCCGAUAUCUUUGUACCCAACAGCAAUGAUGACAACAAUGGAGGGAGCAAUGGAGGUAGCGGCGGCUUCUCCUCGGACUCGAACGUUGAUGAAGAAGCGGCCCCUCUCAUUGCCUCGUCAAGGCUGUCCCACAUCGGGCGAACACAGGUUAAUAGCCCCGCAGUAUGAGGCUUAGGGGAUCAGUUCUGAGGAUACUUAAUAUAUACAAGCAGAUUCUAUCUAUCGAGAGUGAGGGAAAGGCGAAUGGGUCUCUUUCUCAUGCCGGGAAAAAAAUGGCUUUACUACUACCAUAUCCUGUUCUGCGGUUGUCCCGACCCAUGAUAUUGGGAAAAGCAUUGAAUUUUUCCCCUGAAGGUGUAGGCGGAGAAUUUUAAGUUAUCGGUGAUUUGAGGGUCAACUUGAUAUAUUCAUUGUUAAUGGAUCAGUGAUUCGUUUUGUAGCCAGUUUUUCCAUUAGCAUGCAUGACUCUUGCUUACUAGUAAGUUUUAUUUCAAGUAGGAUUUCGUUGUUCA